CAAACGAGGAGCGAUCCUGUUUAUGUGAUGACUAAUAAAGAAAACAAUAAGAAUUGAUGCAGGUUGCUGCAGGUUCAGUCGCGUUAGUGCUUGAGUAAGGAGGGACCAGCUGACGCAGCGGACUGGCUGACACUACUGCGGUGUCCAGUGCCGAGCCUAGCGCUUUUGCCUUGAGACUUUAUCUCAGUGCUUUGUGAAAUCCGAGAUUGUGCGUGUGCGUUUCGCUCGUGCGCUUGUGUGUGUUUGUGUGCGUCGCGCUCCUGAUUCUGCGUCGCAUCUCGCUCCCCGUGCUCCUCCUCCGUCUCCAGUCACAGCCGCGACCGUCGUCACCCUGGGCCGCCUGCCGCCCCCUGAUGCCUGACGCAACACCAUGUCCUCGCCCAUAGACUGCGGACCGCCGCGCAAGCUCCGGGAGGAUUACGACCUCGACGACGAGGUGUUUGUGGACGACCAUGACCAGGACGGCGACGAGGGCGUGGAGCUGCGCGACAAGACCCCGCUGCAGCCGCGCGUGCGUCGCGUCUCUGACGUGAUCGACUCUAUCGGCAACAGCCCCGUGCACCAGCACCUCAUGGACGCCAUCGAGGCCAUGGAGGGCCGCAGGCUGAGCGACCCGGUGGGGCUGCUGCAGCGGCACGACACGCUGCCGUCCAGGCGCUCGGACAGCUUCGCCAUGAACGGGCUCAACUCGGCGGGGAGGCCCCAGUCCAUGCUGGUGGACCAGGGCUAUGGGAGCUCUAGCACCAUGUCGCCCCACUACUUGGUGUAUUCUCAGCCCCCCGUGCCCAUCAAUGUGGGCAAAGCCAGACUUGCCAAUGAUACGAUUGAUGCUCAGCCGUACAAUGUGCCUCCAACGACCCCCGGUAUUCAGGCCAAAAUGAGUGUCGAGAAAGAUUCGGAGGAAUACAACAUGAAUCAUCCUCGACGUGGGAAAGCUGUCAUUUUCAACCAUGAUGUCUUCAAUAUUGAUGGUAUUAAUUCACGCUCUGGUUCAGAGGUUGACGUGAAAAAUCUUGUGCAAACGUAUGAUGGGCUUGGAUUUCAGUCUGUUGUAUUCAACAAUCUGAAUUAUGCUGAGAUUAAAGCUGAAAUCAGUAAACUGGCUGCCGAAGACUUCUCUGAUGCGGACUGCCUGUGCGUCACUGUUCUCACGCAUGGAAUGGGCACCAACUACUUACUUGCCAGAGACAUUCCCUAUAGCAUUGAUACACUUUGGACUCCAUUCACAGCUGACCGAUGCUUGUCUCUUGCUGGCAAACCCAAACUCUUCUUUAUCCAGGCCUGCCGAGGGGAGAGAUUGGAUUCUGGAGUCACUCUUGUGUCUCACCGCCACCGUUCCGAGACAGACUCUGGUACACCAGUAGAAUCUUACAAAAUUCCAACGCAUGCCGAUUUCCUCAUGGCUUACAGUUCUGUUGAAGGAUUUUUCUCUUGGCGUAACCCAGAAGAUGGCACAUGGUUCAUUCAAUGCCUAUGUGAAGAGUUGCAGAAAAAUGCGGCUAAAACAGAUCUAUUGAAAUUGCUUACCAAUGUUUCUCGUAAAGUGGCUCUGGACUAUCAGUCCUUCAAUGACGUGAUACCUUGGCAACAUGAACAGAAGCAGGUGCCCUCAAUUGUUUCUAUGCUGAUCAGGGACGUCCAUUUGCGCCCCAAAUACUAAUUUUUUUGUACUAGUAUGAAGUGUAAGGUAAGACCAAUGAAAAACCAAAACAAACAAAAAAAGAAAAAAAAGUUUUAAAAAAGAGGAUAGAGAUCUACAACUUAGAGAGUUGUGAUGGAAAAUUAGCUUGAAAGUUUCUAAAACUCUUCAAGAUUUACUUUAUAUAGUUCACUGCCAUUGUGCCAAUAUGACCAGUGUCUUUCAGCUCUACUUGAGCUUCUUUUCCUGUGAUCUCAUUUGAAUUUCAGACAAGGCAAUGUGUGUGGUCUAGUUUGCAAUCCUAGAUAUUUUAAUUUGAAAUGGGCCUUUGCUUGUUCUUUGCUCAAUUAAGUUUGCAUUCUGUUUGGUGUCUCCUUUUUGUAACCCCUUCAAAUUUCCAUACUUUGUUAUGUAGAUAUACUUUUUUUUUUAAUUUGUCAUUUUAUUACUUUAUAUGUUUUCACUGUUUUUCUUUUCUUAUGAUUAUUCAUUUUAUUACAUACACUACAAGAGAAUCACAUCUGAGGUAGUGAAAUGAAAUAUUCUAUGUAUCAGUUUUAAUGUCUGGUGACUAUUGAUUCCUCCAUCAUACAAUGCAGUGCAACUUUUUAACUUGGGCCACUAAAUUUUUCUAGGUUUUGUAGUAUAGUAAGCUAAACUUGCUUGGCUCUGGUCUCUCACUUCUCACACUGGAGAUUGCAGUUAUGUCUAUAGGAUACUAUUUGUAAGAAGUUGUGAUAUUAAUGAACAAUCUGUGAGUUCUUUUUUUUUUAUUAUUCUGUCUAGUGUGCUCCUCUGCACUUUCACUCUCAUUCCACUCUCAUCUUGAAACAGUCCUUCAAGGUCUCAUUUUAUGUAGUGGUAAUAUUUUCAGUACUUUUUUGCUGUGUUUUUUAUUGUUGGUUUGUUUGUUGAAAGGUGCGAAGGUGCGUACGAUAAUUGUUCCUUCUUACAUCUGUCUCAUUACCUGCACUUUAUGCUCCCCAUCUUUUUACAAUCUAUGAUGAUUAUCUGUUUUGGAAUGUACUCUCUUGCUUACUAUUCAGCCAUUGAUGUAUUCUUAUUGUACUUAAUUAAUUCAAUGAUAUUGAUCUCAUCCUUAUGAACAAAAUCUACCGGAUGUGUUCUGAUUCAUGUGAUUUCUUCAAAUCUUCAAUCUGCCUUUGUGCACGUUGUUGACCUAUCAGCAUUAUACAUUUUGAUUUAUAUUGUUAUCUUAAGAUAUUUGCCAUAGUUUAUGUCGGUUAUGUUAUGUGUGAUUAUUGCUUUACAAUUUUGAUUCAUCAUUUGAUUAAUGAAUACAUCUCUUGCUUUCUCAUAGUUAAUUUUUCAUGCUAAUGUUUUUUAAAUGAAUUUUUCAAUCACCUGUGUGUUCAGUCAGACUGUACUGCCUAUUUCAUUAGGUCUGUUACCUGACUCAGUUAAAUUGAAUUAAGUUUGUAUUCUGGAUCUCAGAAUUAGAACAAUUCUAGAAAGAAAAAGAAACAUUAUUAGACUAUAUUUAGCAUUUUUCUUGUUUUACUUAAUUGUUUUGUUUGUAUCUUAUCUUAUCCCCAAGUCUUUAUGUUUAGUGUUUUAUUGUGCUUAGAUCAAACUUGCAUGAAUAUUAUACCUGUUGUUGAACCUCAUGUGGUACUCAUGAGGAGAAUGUAGCUAACAUUCCCAAGACCACAUUUAGUGGUGUGGUAUUCAAAUGCAAAGUUAAUACAGUGUGAUAAGGUUUUACGGAUCAAAGUCGACUGCUUGUCAUGUUCUCUAUUUUUGCCAUUUUAUAUACAAGUAUAUAUUUCUAUGUGACUCAUGUGAUUUUAAAACCUUGAACAUUUUUUUUCUACAUACAUUUGUACCAAAUCUUUAUAUUUGUACCACAUGUUCAGCUGCAAAUAUAUUUGUUGAAAUCCA